AUGAAAGCAGGCUGCAGCAUUGUGGAUAAGCCAGAAGGAGGAGGAGGUUAUCAUUUCCCAGAGUGGGCUUACAAGACCGAGUCCAGCCCUGGCUCCCGGCAGAUCCAGUUAUGGCAUUUCAUCCUGGAGCUGCUGCAGAAGGAGGAGUUUCGCCAUGUCAUCGCCUGGCAGCAGGGCGAGUAUGGGGAGUUCGUCAUCAAGGACCCCGACGAAGUGGCCCGGCUGUGGGGUCGGAGGAAAUGCAAACCCCAGAUGAACUACGACAAGCUGAGCCGGGCGCUCAGAUACUAUUACAACAAGAGGAUUCUCCACAAGACAAAAGGCAAAAGGUUUACCUACAAGUUCAACUUCAACAAGCUGGUGAUGCCCAACUACCCGUUCAUUAACAUUCGGCCUAAUGGUGUUGUGCCGCAGAGCGCUCCUCCUGUCCCCACGGCUUCGUCCCGCUUCCAUUUCCCACCGCUGGACAGCCACUCUCCCACCGACGAUGCCCAGCCCAGUCGGUUCUCCGGUGGGUCCCUGGUCCCAUCCAACCCAGAAGCGUUGGGUGACGGCGGCGAGAGGAAGCCGGACAUGCCGGAGCUGGAGGACGGCUCCUCGGAUUGGCGCCGUGGCGUGGAUCUCAUGGCCUCGCGCAACGCCGUGGGCGCUGGUAGCGUCAACCACCAGAAGCGCAAGCCCGAUAUUAUGCUCCCUCUCUUCACCAGGCCCGGGAUCUACCCGGAUCCUCACAGCCCCUUUGCCGUGUCCCCUCUGCCGGGGCGCGGCGGGGUCCUAAAUGUCCCGAUCUCUCCUGCGUUGUCCCUGACUCCCACCCUUUUCUCCUACAGCCCCUCUCCGGGCCUCAGCCCCUUCACAGGUAGCAGCUGCUUCUCUUUUAACCCCGAGGAAAUGAAACACUACCUGCAUUCGCAAGCCUGCUCCGUCUUCAACUACCACCUGAGUCCGCGGACUUUCCCCCGCUAUCCGCUCAUGGUGCCACCACUACAGUGCCAAAUGCCCCUCGAGGAGCAGCCCCAGUUCCCCAUCAAGCUACAGCCCCCACCCGUGGGGCGCAAAAACAGAGAGAGACUGGAAAGCGCUGAGGAGCCGGCGGCCCCCCAGCUAGCUACUCCUCCUCCCAGGGUCAAGGUCGAGCCCGCGAUGGAGAAGGAGGCAGAGUCCGAAGAGCUGCCGGCGAAAGGAAAAGACAAAAGUGAGAGAGAGGAAGGCUCUGGCGUGGCAGCCAGCCUGGAAGAGGAGAAAGGGCCUGUGUUUGCCAGACCAGCUGCCCCAUCAUGGCACCCAGCCCCACCGGCACCCAGCCAGGCCGGCUUCUUGGCCGAAGAAUCCCAGGAGCAAGGAGAGAGCAGCGGGGAGAAGUCAUCCCGAGAGCCUGCCGGAGACUCGGGAGCGCAAGAGAAGAGGGAGGAUGCCCUGAUGCCUCCGAAGCUGCGUCUCAAGCGCCGCUGGAACGGUGACCGACAGGCAGAUGUCCCCGAGGAGCGCCAG